AUGAAGGCUGAUCUAUCUUCAUGGGUUCCCUUAAGCUGUUAUGAAGUAUAUGAACACUUAUCAAAAGUUAGCGAUAGUGUAGAUGGUGAGAAUAUUAACGACGUGAAAGGAGAUGAUGAAGCUUAUUCCUCAACAUUAUUCCUAUAUAAAAGUAUCCUUUGGUAUCUAAAAGCAUUUCAUGAUGUCGAAAAUAUGCUGAAAUAUGAACAAACUAUAUAUGAUAUAAUUCAAAAGCUAUAUUCAAAAUUUGGUUUGGCUAUGCUGGAAAUUAUACAGGUUUUAGAUCUAAGACCAAAACAUUUAGUAGAUCUCCACUGUUCAAUCCAAAACUGUGAUAAGAGAUUUUCAGAAGAGGAUUUAAUAGAAAUGUUAGACAUUAUAAGUCAGCUUAAUUUUGAAGUGUCAUGUUUGGAUAAGUGA